GUACCAUCGUCUCCUCUCCUCGUCCUCUCUACGGACUUCAUUUGUCGUGUCGUCUGAAAACCAGGACAUGGAACUAUAUAAUGUUCAAGGAAAACAGCAAACUGCAAAUAUCCUCCUGGGUUGUCUGGUGUUGUUUUCACUUUCUAUACUUUGUCCAGCUGAGAAACUCUGUACAGUUUCUCCUGACCCCGUGUCUAUAAAAGAGAACAGCACUGUGGACGUUCUAGUAGCCAGAAUCACCUGUAGUGACGAUGUUCAGCUGACCGUCACGGAGAACCCUUCGGAGGCGUUCUACCUGCGGGGGACGGACCUCAUCGCCAAGAGAGGACUGGACUUUGAGUCUCUGCCCCGUGUGGAUGAUGCUCUGUGGGUCAGGGUGCGCUGCAACAGAACUGGCUCCAGAUCAGUGAACGUGUCUGUUGAAGUUUUCAUUGAAAAUGUGAACGAUAAUCCUCCAAACUUCGCUCAGAGUCAUUACGAUCUCCAGGUGAACGAGCUGACUCCUGUGAACACCAGUAUUGGUCGGAUAGAGGCCACAGACAUUGACUCUGAGCCCCUGUACUAUCGUUUAGAGUCAGCCACGAACAGGUAUCUACGACUGGAGAAUGCCAACACCCCCAACAUACUGGUGCAAAACAUCAUCGACUACGACUCUGUCCAAAAGAUCUCCCUGGUCUUACAUGUACAGGACACGUAUAACGUUUCUGAGUCCGGCGAGCCUUCGUUCACUGCCGUGGUGACCAUCACGGUUAACGUGAAGGACGUUGACAACCGUCCACCGUGGUUCCAGCCCUGUGUCAGAACCAACCUGGGGAUAGCCAAACUGUGUGUCAGCUCCGGCUACAGGGCAAAGGUCAACCUCACAGAGAAAGAGGACGGUGCUUUAUCUCUGGAGCCUGGUCCGUUAUACGCCAAGGAUGGAGACAGAAACAGGAGUGAGCUGAUCAGCUACAGGAUAAUUAGAGGGAAUGAAGGCAGCAUCUUCCAGAUCGAUGAGGAGACGGGGAACAUCUCCAUGACCAAAGCAGCAGACAUAGCAGGCCCAAUAUCCCUCACUGUCCUGGCCUCCCAGGUCACCAACAGGGACCAGUUUGCGGUGACUCAGGUCACCAUCGAGGUGCUGAGGAAGAGCAGGAACCCUCCGCGGUUUGAGAAGGAGCGUUAUGAAGGUUACAUCUACAGUAACUCAGUCCCAGAGACCAUGAUCCUACGAGACAGAACCUCCAACAGACCCUUCAGGGUCAGGGCCAGAGACGAGGACUUUGCCACCGGUGUAAACCCAGACAUGAGAUAUGAGGUGCAGUACAGCAGUUAUGUCAAUGUGACAAACGAAGGGUUUGUUCUUCUCAAGAGGAUUGUGAAGACAGAUUCCUUCGCUCUGCAGAUUCGUGCUAUGGACCUGUCUACAGGGGAGUUUGGUACAGCGGCCCUCUCUGUCCUGGUUAUACCAGCUGUGGCGGUUCCUUUGCCCUCGGGGGCAGGGUACCGGGCGGGGGACAUGGCUCUUCUGGGAUUGAUCAUGGCAGCCAUCUUGGUUCUCUGCUUCAUCGUGAUUGGCUUCCUGAUCUCCCGCCUGAAGAAAGGCGGUGCCAACCUGGAUAAGAUAACUGAGUGUCUGGCUCCAUGUCUGAAGAUGACAAGGCCCCAAGGGAGACAAGGACACCCUGCAGUACACCAACGAUGGCUACCAGGGUACCGAGGGUGAUGCCCUGCGCUGCAGACCCAGACGCCCAGAGCUGGUAGA